AUGGAUGGAGUGGUGUAUUCUCCGCCGAUGAAGUCGAUCUUGCUCGACCAACGCUUGACGGAAAGAAUUGAAAACGAACGUUUGGAAAAGGAAAGACUGGAGAAUGAACGCUUGGAAAAGGAGCGUAUUGAACAAGAGAGACUUGAAACCGAACGCUUGGAACAAGAAAGACUUGAAAACGAACGUUUGGAACAAGAGAGACUCGAGAGUGAACGCUUGGAAAAGGAAAGACUCGAAAACGAGCGUUUGGAAAAGGAAAGACUAGAAAAGGAGCGUAUCGAACAAGAAAGACUCGAAAACGAACGUUUGGAACAAGAAAGACUCGAAAAUGAACUUUUGGAAAAGGAAAGAGUGGAAAAUGAACGUUUGGAAAAGGAGCGUAUCGAACAAGAAAGAGUGGAAAAUGAACGUUUGGAAAAAGAAAGACUCGAGAAUGAACGUUUGGAAAAGGAAAGACUAGAAAAUGAACGUUUGGAACAAGAGAGACUCGAGAAUGAACGCUUGGAACAAGAAAGACUUUCCAAGACCCCAGGUCCAGGUGCUCAAUCUGUUUUGCGUUUUCUUGCCCGUUCUGGCAUGAAAAUCGGUAGAAUUGAAGAUGACAGAACUAACAAUAAUAAUGCUAUCCUUACCCGCAGUGCAACGUAUUCAGAUUUUCGUCUUUUAUUCAGGAUUGGAUCUUUCCUCAAGACGGACUCUGAUACUUUACAACAAGUCCUCAUUGGUCCAAAAGACGAUGGAUAUGUCUUGGGAUUGUGUAUCGAAGUUGAUGAAAAGCAUCGUUUCUUCUUGGGAAAGCUCCCCAAUAGUCAGUUUGGUGAGCCAAACUAUUAUUCAAGUAAGCACUACACCAGUCUGCUGCGCAUUUCACACUUGUUUGUGCACCAAUUCGGUGACCAAGAAAAGGCCAUCCAAGGGAUUCAACGCCUCAUCUUCAAGACCCUGAACCGAGAAGCCAAACACAGAGCUUGUCAUGUUCUCACAUACACCAGUACUUCAGUUUCAGGUAUCGAGGAAUCAUCCAAGCGACUAUUCUUUUUUGGUGAUCAUUCAAGUAUCUCUGACGUAACAUUACCGUCCUGUACAAUGACAUUUUUUGAUAAUUAUAUCAAACAACCUAUUAGAGAGAUAGUCUUGGUUAAAGUAGAUUCGUUCUUGGUACUAUAUUACAUUUGUGAAUGUGGUAAUGGCCAUCUGGUUGUUUGUGGACAACCCUGA